AUGGUGCACACUUUCGCCUCGAGCUAUGGUGUGCCUUUCGUGGGACAAUACACACCACCAGAAUGCGAUUUCAAUAACGUCGGGAUUGAAUGGACUGUUACUAGUGCUGGCCGUCAGUUCGAUCGUCUGGCCGAAAUGUUCUUGGGAGACAUUGAAGUAUGGCGAACUAGUACUGCUGAACCUACCGCUUCUGGUAUCAUCUUCAGGUAUCAGAAGGAUCUGAGCAUGUAUUUGAGUCUGUGGAAGUCACCACAGCAGCUUAUCUUCAGCUUGAAUAAUGUCUAUGACUCCACCUAUACUGGAGCGUUCAACACUACUCUUACAGCUACCUUCUCUUAUAACCCAGCCAAACCAGCACAUGCCGACCUAAUCUUGCCCAUUACUCCUCAGCUCGGAGCUAAUGGUCAGCCGAGCAUCUUCACUCUCCCAGGCGACAGUGCAGCUGUUCAACAGACACUUCCUAGAAACGUCUCUCAUGCGACUGUCUCCAUCGCUGCUACCGGACAAAGCAACGAAGAGUUUUGGUACACCAACGCCCUUCAAUCCGAUAUCUACACUUUUGAAUCAACAAUCGGGACUCUGAUCGGAUAUGGUCCAUUCCGUGAAGUUCAGUUGUAUAUCGACGACAUGAUGGCAGGCGUCGCAUGGCCAUUUCCAGUCAUCUUCACUGGUGGCAUUGCACCUGGAUUCUGGCGUCCCGUAGUAGGCAUAGAUGCUUACGACCUGCGAGAGUAUGAGAUUGAUAUCACGGCCUUCUUGCCAUACUUGCUUGACGGCCAGUCACAUUCCUUCAGUAUCAAAGUCGUGGGUAUGGACGACAACGGAGGCAAUGGACCAGCUACACUGUCCUCAAGCAGCAUCAACAGCUACUGGUUGGUCAACGGCAAAGUGUUCCUCUUCUACGGUGACGAGGAGUACAACGGCACUCACACUCCCCCCGCCAUUUCUACUUCACCUAUGAUCCAAACCACAUCCAACAUCAUCAGUACGACCAAUGGCACAAACACAACCUUGUACUACACAACCACAGCAAAACGCACUUUCACAGCAAAGUCGCCUUUUGGCAGCUGGACCCAAAGUUUGUCCUACAGCAACGAUGGCUACCUUGGAGAAAGUGGCUUAGCAUCAAGCAACAUCCAAACCUCUUCAGGAAACUCUGCAGCAGUUCUCCCAUCAGCCCCAGACUUUUCAAAUACCCUUAGCUACGCAUAUCCCAUAACCGCAAACCUCACCUACGCAUCCACGAACUUUUCCGUUUUCAAUGCUUACGUAGACUAUGGACUCAAGAUUUCGUCGUCGGGUCGUCCAGAUGUAUCGACAUAUACAUUGGUCAAUGGACCUAUGGAUAUGAUUGCGAGACAGUUUGGCAAUGCGUAUUACUCGAGUGUGGCGAAUCACAGCUAUUCGUAUGGAGUUAUGGAUAAGAGAUUACAAGAGGAGAGCUAUGGCACGAGCUACUCGAGGCAUGUCAAGACGGACAACUUGACUAUUACUUAUGACUCGGCGAAUUGA